AUGUCGUUUCGAUUUGGUCAGCAUCUCAUCAAGCCCUCUGUGGUGUUUCUCAAGACUGAACUAUCCUUUGCCCUGGUCAAUAGGAAGCCUGUAGUGCCAGGACAUGUCCUCGUGUGUCCGCUGUGGCCGGUGGAGCGUUUCCGUGACCUGCGCCCCGAUGAAGUGGCCGACCUGUUUCAGACGACCCAGAGAGUCGGUGUGGCCGUGGAGCGCCAUUUCCAGGGGACCUCGCUCACCUUUGCCAUGCAGGAUGGCCCUGAAGCCGGACAGACUGUGAAGCAUGUCCAUGUCCACGUUCUUCCCAGGAAGGCCGGAGACUUUAGCAGGAAUGACAGAAUCUAUGACGAGCUCCAGAAACAUGACAAAGAAGAGGGUUCUCCAGCCGCUUGGAGAUCAGAGGAGGAAAUGGCAGCAGAAGCUGAGGCACUGCGUGUCUACUUCAUAUGA